AUGCCCCUGCAGGGGUGGUCUGCCGGAGGCUGGCACUCCGAUGAGACCCCCGAGGGGCCGAUGGCGCUGUGCUGGGCCUCCCAGCCGCGGGGCAGCGGCCUCCCCCUGCAGGGGCGGCAGGGGGGGGCCCCGGCUGCGGCGGCGCGCGGCUGCGCCGGCGACUGGAGCCUGGCGCAGCCCGCCGCGGCUUCGGCGCUGCUCGCCGCGGCGGCGGCGGCGCCCGCCGCGCUCGCAGAACUGCGCAGCGCGCGGCGCAGACGGCUUCCCCGGGUGGCGCGCGGCAGCGUCAGCAGGCGCGACGCAGGAGCCGCAGCAGCCGCCGCGGCGGCCGUCGUGGCCGCGGCCCCGCCGCCUGGGGCGCAGGCAGAGCAAGGGCCCGCCAAGUACCCAGUGCUGGGCGACGAGAAGAUCAUGGCGAAGAAGGCCCAUGGCACGAGCCCAUUCCCAGUGCAAGAGAAGCUGCGCUGGGACUGCGACCGCAGGGAGGCGGACAGGGUGUGCUCGUUCAACCGCGAGUACGCAGAGUACGCGGGCUACUGGAAGACAACGAGUUUCCUUCCCGAUCUCAGGAAGAGGCUGGAGGCCAGAGACAAAGACAACAACGGGGACCAGCUCGUGACCACGUUCUACGACUCCGUGACCGGCAAGGAGCUGUUCGUGGCGCCCAAGGGCCGCUCGGUGCGGGCCUUCCUGGAGGAGUCCUUCACGCACGGGUGGCCAUCCUUCCGGGACGAGGAGGUCAAUUGGGAAAACGUUCGUUGCUUGAAGAACAGCGGCGAGUGCGUCUCGCUCGACGGGACGCACCUUGGCCACAACAUCCCCGACGGCAAAGGCAAUCGUUACUGCAUCAACCUUGUCUCGAUAGCGGGCUACCCAGUGGAAGGACGGGGCGGUGCCGCGCUGCCAAGCGCGUGA